ACGAUAAACAGCCCUCCGACGAACAUUUGCUUACGUAAAGAGAUAAAAAUAGGACGUUGUUUCGUUUUAUCAAACCAAUACAAACGGCUAGUUAAAAGGAGGAUGCAAUUUCGAAAAGCUAUCACUAUCGUCUAGUUCUGCCGUAAAUCGUGUACAGUGGGACAACCAGUCAAGCAAAUCGUUAAUUUAGUUUUUAAAAGGAACGCUAUUUACAUUUCCAUCUCGUUAAUCAUGGAUCAUCCAAGCAACAAUCCACCACCUUACUCUUCAGGAGCUCCUCAACAACAAUACCAGCCCGUACAAGUUUACUUGGCAAAUCCUCCUCCUCCUCCUGGACCGACCGUCGUAGCAGUCGAAGUUGUGCCUUUGGGUGGAAGGUGUGGAAGAUGUCAGUUGGGAGUCGUACGUGAACAUUUCACCUUGUGUGGUUGGUUAUGGGCCAUUUUCUUUUUUCCAAUUGGAUUAUUCUGCCUCUUUUCAAUGCGACUCAACAGCUGCAACAGAUGUGGUGCUAUUUAUAAUUGAUUAAAACAGAGUAUCUAUUGAACAACUUUGAAACUCUUUAAUUGCUGCAUUUGUUUCAUCUCUCGAAGCUACUGUGAAUACGGGAAGAAAAGCGUAAAAAAUGUGAAAAUAAUGUCUGCUUUAUCCUUAAUAAAAUAAAAUUCGUGAAGAAUCCAAAGUAUUGUUUUGACGCCAUUGCUGUAAAACUCAUUAUUGAGGAAAUAAAGUGCAUUAUUACUGCCUUAA